ACUCUGAAAUCUCGCCGACUUGGAUUCUCGUCUUCUAUCACUGUGCAUGAAACUUUCUCGGCAAGUGAAUACGAUAGGCGAUGUGAUCCCAACGUCACUUGUUGCAAGCUGACCCCGGAUUUUGCUAUGCGCAUUAAGCAAGAGUUGAACGAGUACAAGCUUACUGGCAUGGAAGUGCAUAUUGAGAGCCGG